GGGGAUUUCAAGUCGCACGCAUCGAUCCUAGCCAAUGAGCCAUGAGCUGGGCAAUGCGCUCUUUGCGGUGGUGCAGCAGGUGCAGCCGGAGCUGGCGCCGAAGCUCACCGGGAUGCUGCUGCAGCUCGGGGAGGAGAAGUGCCGCACCUGCUUGGAUGACUAUGAAUACCUCGCGGAGAGGUUGGACGAGGCCAUGGCCAUCCUUGACGGCGCCAAUGCGCACGCACAGGCCAGCAAGCCCACGACCCCGGCUUCUGAGAAGCGAGUGGAUCCAGAAGAUGGGACAUCCAGGACGUUUGUUGAGCUGCAGAAGCAUUAUGCGAAGCAGUACUCUCAGCAGGAGAUCAAGGAGUAUUGGGAGUUUUGCAAGCCGGCGGGCGCGAUCGCCCAGAAUGGCACUGCCAAAGCUAUGGGAAAGCCCGAGCCGCAAAGCAAGCCGGCGCCGGCUUCCACGCCGAAGCCCGCUGCUUCCACGCCGAAGCCCGCUGCUUCCACGCCGAAGCCCGCCGCUUCCACGCCGAAGCCCGCCGCUUCCAAGCCGGCCUCGAAGGCGGCGGCGAAUUCUGUGCCAAAGGCUGCACCGAAGCCGGAGCCGAAGCCGGAGCCUGUGACGCCGAAGCCGGCCUCGAGCCCUCCCAGGUCAAAGGCACCGAAGGAGGCAGUUCCAGGUCUUGCCGCCUGGCUGGCAGAGUUACGGCUGGAGAGCUACUUGCCAGCUGCGGAGCAGUGGGCGGAGGAGCAGGGUGCAGUGAGCCUGGAGGAGGUGGUGGAGUUUAGGGAGGAUCUUGCGCAGGACUUGACGCUCAAGGUGUUGGAGCGCAAAAGGCUUGUCGAUGGCGGUGAGGCUGCAGCGCAACUGGUGGAGUCUCAGCCGGCGGAGGAGGAGGAGGAGGAUGAGGAGGAAGAAGAUGGCGAUGAGCUGCAGGAGGGCCGCUAUGCCCAGCUAGACACCGAGCGGGACCUUGCGGCGCUGAGCCGAGUGGAUUCUGAACCUCCAAGCCAUGCGAGCCCGGCAGAACUGCGCGGACAAGCAAGGCCUCCGCGAGGGCAGGGCUUCAGCGCAGGCGAUGAGGUGGGAGCCACUGGAGGCUACUAUGACAAGAGCAUUCCAGCAAAGAAGUCAGAGGAGGCUCCGCAGGAGAGGCGGAUUGACCCAGAAGACGGGCAAGCCAGAACCUUUCGAGAGCUCCAGGCGCUGUACACCCACCUCUACAGCCCCCAAGAGAUCUUGGAGUACUGGACCGAGUGCGAGGCGCCGGCCAAGACAACGAGCGCCCCGACAAGCGCGCCGAAGACUACCAGCGCGCCUGUAGCCGCGCCCAGCGGCUACAAGAGCGGGACGACUCCGGGCGCGCAGCCCUGGGGAGCUGGAGAGAAGCGUCGCUUCUAGCAAGCGGAAGGGCUGCGAGCGAGAUGUUUCCGGGGCAUUUUCCGGAAGCCCCGGCGCCCCCCGUUGAUCGCGUUUGGCGGACAAAGACAUGGAAGGCUCUCGAGCGCGAGCAAGGGGGCUG